AUGGAGCUUCGCAAAUCCACUUAUAAUGUUGGGUACCCGGUCUACGGCGCCAAAUACCUUAAGGAUGACAUCCUUCUUGUCACUGGGGGUGGAGGUGACGGUAGAUAUGAAUCGUCAACCCCAAAUAAAAUCACUGCAUUAAGAAUUGACUUUAAGAAGAAGAAAGUAAUCAAGAGAUUUAGAGAAAUUACGUUGGAUGCAAGAGAUGCGGCACCCACAACUUUGGAUGCUCAAAAAGAUACCAUAUUGAUUGGGUGUAAUGAAAGUAUGAACAAGAUCGAGUCUGGUCAUGGCAACCACCAUUUGAGAAAAUUUGUCUAUGCUAAUGAACAUUUGAAAUUUCUUUCAAGUAUUGACUUUUAUCGAUCAACAGACCCCAAUGAACGAACUAAAUUCAUUUACAUAACUUCAGAUGCUAAGAUAGCAGCAGUCGCAUCAACAAAGACACCCACUGUCAUAAGAGUCAUUGAUUUGAAUGAUUUACACGAAAAAUAUGAAGUGGAAACUAAAAGUACUGUGACUGAUUUACAUUUUUCACCUAAUGGAAAAAUGUUAGCCUACAUUACUACUACAUCUUUGGAAGUCAUUUCUUUGGAAGCUGGUGAGUUUAUUGUCAGAAAAACUGAUUUCAAUAAUAUCUGGAACUUUUCUCAUGUAAGAUUCUUGGAUAAUGAGAACAUAUUAUUAGUAUCGUCGAAUCGAGAUGGUUCAGGAAUUACCCUAAUUAAGAUUUCUCUCAAGAAGAAUAAAAUAUUUGUUACAAGCUCAAAAGUCAUAACGACUGAAAUGAGAUACACAACUGCCAUCGAUGUGGAUAAAAAAUCGCAAGUAAUUGCAUUGAGCGGGGAUAACAAUUCUGUACUUAUCAUUAACGCAAAUGACUUAAAAGUAAUGAAAGAAUUUGCAAACGUUCACGAUCAAGUAAUAACUGCCGUAUCAUUCUCUCCAAAUUCAAAAUAUCUGGGUACCGUUUCUAUUGCAAACACAGUGCAAGUAAUUGAGUUACCAAAGGGACGGUCAUUUUUGGGAAAAGUGUUUAAAUUCUUAUUCAAUGUGAUCUUUAUGGUAUUCUUGGCAUAUUUGGCUCAAAUUGGGUAUAAAUACGACAUACAUUUGAAGAUUUACGACUAUCUUGAUAAAAAAUUCCUACAUAAACUGGUUUCUCCCGAAUUAUUGCCAGAGAUUCAAACUACUACAUUAUUUAACGAUGACAUGGUUACUGUAAGUACAUUUACAAAACCAUUGAAUACUGAUGAUUCAUCAAUCGAAACAGCCACACAUUUCACCCCCAUUUCUUCGGAAACUUCACCAAUGUUUUCCCAACUUUCUCAUUCCACCGUCAACUCAAAAUCGACUCCGGAAUUUAUUAAGCCAACAUCCAUUGAAACACAAGUAGAACACGAUAUUCCUCACAUUUCUAAAACAGUGAAGGAGACACCCACAAAAUUGCCUCUACAAUCAUCACAUAUUAGUUUUAAAGCAACUGAAGAUUUGAAAAAUGCAGUGAGCUUGUCGAUAGUACCUCUUUCUAUCGAUGCUGAUGAAGCAACAACCGAGUCAGACUUUUCAAAAGUAUCAUCACGUUUAUCUAAGAUGGUAACGAAACAAAAACAAUCGAGUAUUGGAGUCACAAACGCCAAAAGCGAAAGGUCUCUGAGAAUUGUGGGAGACACGACAACACAAUUACCAGUGACUUCUUCCUCAAGACUCAUAGAACGUGAAGUCUUAGAAUCGGGAAAUACAGGCGUUCAAUAUACCACAUCUUCCUCAACAGUCACAAGUUUAAUCGAGACACCCGAAACAGUUGCAACAACUUCAACAAUCGUAACGGAUAUCCCAAACAAUGGUCUGGAAUCAAGUCUCGAAGCAAUGUCAAGUAUCCCAGUAUUUGAGAAGGGAACUGAAACCUCAACGUCUUUUAGCUUGUCAUCAAACAUUUCAUUCGAAUCCACCAAAUCAAGUGCUAGCUCAUCUUCUCAUGUAGCACCUAAAUCUACCCUUGUUUCCUCCGAUAUUCAAUCUUCAAGUUAUUCAAAUGUCGAUGACAUUAUCUCGAAUAUUCCAGUCCAACAAGGCUCAGCUAGCGUUAUUAGUGAAUUUUCAACAGGAGAUUAUGUAAAUGUGACUUCCAAUACUCUAACCAUUUCAAUUGAAGGACAAUCAGCUACGCCGUCAAUGAGGAAUGACCUAAGCGAUUCAUCGGUACACAUUUCACCAUCAUCUAUGCUAAAUAUACCAACAACUAUUUUUUCGUCGGCUUCUUCAUCUCUUGCUGCUGAGUCUGCUCCCCCUGACUUGACUUCAAAUUCUGAAUUAUCCACCAUCGAAGCAACUUCAGGACUUGAAGUUAUAUCUGAAAAGGCAGAGCCGUCGCCUAUUACAACUGUGUUCGUCCACCAUCCUUCUUCUACAAAUGCUCAGCAAGAGAGCUUAGAAGUCACAUCGAACAAGGAACUAUCAUCAGAUACCUUAUCGAUUUCAACUACUGAAGAAUUUUCGUCUGUAACAGAAAUUUCUUCAAUCCAAGAGGAUGUCAACACAGAGCCAUCAACUAACACUGUUUCAUCCUUAGAGUUAAACGCGGAAUCUUCAGCUUUUCAAACAACUAAGUUAGCGCCAGAGGCAGAAAUAUCUGGCUCUGAUCAGGUUUCUAUACCAACUACUCUAGAUAUUGGCGACCACUCAACCUCAGAAGAUGAUCAACAAACUGCACUAGAAUCACCAGAGACAACUACUUCAACUUCGACAUCGAAUACAUUUGAAGAUAUAACAUCCACAUCAAAUGAUAUUAACUCAACAGAGGUAAUCUCCCAACCGACUGGUCCAGAAAUCACAACUUCCUUUGAGCAAGAAAAGCCAACUCCGAUGGCGGAACCAGUAGUUGAAACUGCGAAUAAUGCCGCUGAAACUAAAAUUACCUCUGAAACUGUUCAAAAUCAACAUGACGAAUUGUGA